GCCUGUGUCUGUAAAUAUCACACCGGCUAUUGUUUUGUUGGCGUGUGCUGAGAUGACGCGGUUUAGACUAUAUUUCAGCUGUUGAUUACAGGAUGAGAGGUUUGCUUAUAAUGAUAAAAUGCUUUUUAAAUUUUGUUUAUACUUCUCGAGUCAAUCAUCACCAGAAUUUGAUCAGGCUUUAAAGGCUGUGUGCUGUUAUUGUUUAUCAGUUACAAAAGAGCUAAAAAAACACCAAUAGGCGAAUAUAAAUCAUGUUUUUGUGGAUAAUGGGCUAAUUACAGCCUUCACGGGUUGUCCCUGUAUAACCUGAAAGGCCAUGAUGAUGAUGAUGAUGAUGAUGGUUAUCGUCAUCAUUUUUCCCCUUCUCCUCCAUCAUCAAUGAUAGGAUACACAGCAUUGCAAAUGUGAUGUGAUUGAGUUAACAUUAGACCAAAACAUAGCCCUAAGCCUAACAUAUCUAAUGAACAUCAGCAGAACAGCCUGGAAUGUUCUAAUAAAAGAAUGACAUUGUUAUUUUUAGGAUGUUGAGAUGAAAUAAGGAUACCCACAGUGUUUAUUAAAAUUAAUUAUCACAAUCAAUGAAGUGCUUAGAGGUUAAUUAGGGUCUUUUGGAAUAAACAUGAGGCACCUGACCCGUAACAGUCAUUAGUAUAUAAUCAUAUUAAUAGUCAAUAGUAGGCAGCGCAAAAAGCCUAGUGUUGUAUUCUUAUAUAUUAUAUAUUUGUGUCCAGCUGGACUUAUAGGAAGGAACACCAUGGUUCUUUUAAGACUGUAGAUUUAUGCUGUGCAGCCAGAGAUGUAAAAAUACUCUAAUAAUCUGACAUUCAUUAGUGUUCUCGGUUACCUGUAAACGGCGCACAGUUCAGCCCAUGAGAGGAGUGAAAACCGGCUAGCAGCAGGACCAUGAAGAGCUCGGCUUUCCUCCCAGACACGUGUAUGACCAGCAGGCUGACACACUCGGCACAGUGGACGAUGAUAAAUACAAAAACACACGGCUUCUUCUAGAUUUGGCCCUAAUGUAGAGGUUACAGAAGCUUACCCCAGUUUGUCACUAGCAUCCAUGUCACUAGCUAAAAAUAAUUGUGCAUUUAGGCAAGUGAAGUUCAUGAUCAUGAAUCUACAUUGGUGUUGGUGUGUCAUGGUGUGAGCUGCGAUCAUGGGGAUAUCAUGCAUCAUCCUUGCACUGUAACAAAGUCCCUGCUGUGGCACGUGCACAGCAUUGCUUACAUUAAUAAGGGUAAUGUAGGGCUAAUGUAGGGCAAGCACGCUUUAGGAGGCGCGUGAUUAAAUUCCUGGAAUGUAUUUUCUUGUUAUUAGUGUAAAACUGUUAGUGUAAAGGUUAACCAGGACACAUAACACAUUAGAGCGUAAACGUUUGUUUAUAUUUAUAGGCUAUUUUGGUGCACUGUAUUAGAUAUAGAGUGUAGUAUAGGAUAGAGCGCGCGCCGCUGUGAUUUAUCUCCUGACGCCUGAGAGGAAGUGGCUCUGAUUGGUCGGUUCAUGGACGUGGUGGGCGGGGCAACCAGUUGGGGCGUCGCCUUCAGUGGUUCAGCGGCUCGCUUCGGGUCCGGCGGCAGUCGCUCCUUUACACCUCCAGCAGCCGGCUAAUGGCUCAUUACACCCCGGGGCCGUGUGUGCUCGCCACUGAGACGGACUUUCUCCAAGCUUAUGAGGACGUGCUCGGGAAAUAUAAAGAUGAAAGAGACAGAGUGCAGAAAAAGACGUUUACGAAAUGGAUCAACCAGCAUCUCCUCAAGGUACGAAAGCACGUUAACGACCUAUAUGAGGAUUUGCGAGAUGGACAUAACCUGAUCUCAUUGUUGGAGGUCCUGUCUGGUGACAAGUUGCCAAGGGAGCGCAAUUUUCUGAAGACGUUACGGUUGCCUCGGGAGAAAGGCCGCAUGCGCUUCCACAGACUGCAGAAUGUACAGAUAGCACUGGACUACUUAAAAAGGCGGCAGGUGAAACUAGUGAACAUCAGAAAUGAUGACAUCACCGACGGCAACCCAAAGCUGACGCUGGGGUUAAUAUGGACCAUAAUUCUGCACUUUCAGAUUUCAGACAUCCACGUUACUGGAGAGUCCGAGGACAUGACAGCAAAGGAGAGGCUUCUGCUCUGGUCCCAGCAGAUGACCGAGGGCUACGUAGGGGUCCACUGUGACAACUUCACUACUUCUUGGAAAGACGGAAGGCUGUUCAAUGCUAUCAUUCACAAGCACAGGCCUGACCUGGUGGAUAUGAGCAAAAUAUCAACACAGAGUAGCAGAACAAACCUGGAGCAUGCAUUCACUGUGGCUGAGCAGCUGGGUGUGGCUCGGCUGCUGGAUCCGGAGGAUGUGGAUGUCACAUCUCCAGAUGAGAAGUCCGUCAUUACCUAUGUAUCAACAUUAUAUGAUGUCUUCCCUAAAGUACCCGAGGGUGUUGAGGGCAUCAGUCCAAAUGAUGUCGAUGUUAAAUGGGUGGACUACCAGAAUAUGGUCAAUUACCUCAGCCAGUGGAUCAAACACAAUGUGUCUGUCAUGUCAGACAGAAACUUUCCCGUUAACCCUGUGGAACUUAAGGCACUUUAUUUGCAAUACCUGCACUUCAAGGAAAGUGAAAUCCCACUGAAGGAGAAUGAAAAGACCAAAAUCAAGCAUCUUUAUAAGAUGUUAGAGGUGUGGAUCGAGUUUGGUCGCAUUCAGUUACCGGAGGGUUACCACCCUAACGAUGUGGAGAAGGAAUGGGGCAAGCUGAUUGUGGCCAUGCUUGAGAGAGAGAAGAGCCUAAGGCCUGAGGUCGACAGACUUGAAAUGCUGCAGCAAAUUGCAGACAGAGUUAAGCGAGACUGUGUGGCUGGAGAAGACAAAUUAGCCUUAACACGGGCAUCUCUGCAAUCUGAUAUAAAAAGGUUAGAAUCUGGGAUCCAGUUGCAGAAUGAGCCUGAAAUUGCAGGAUACCUGCUGGAGUGUGAGAAUCUGUUGAGGCAGCAAGUGGUUGACAUCCAGAUUUUACUGGAUGGGAAGUUCUACUUGGCAGAUCAGCUUGUUCAAAGGGUAUCCAAGCUUCGUGAUGACCUGCUGACCCUCAGAACAGAAUGCUCCUCGGUGUACAGCAAGGGACGCAGUCUGAGCACGGAACAGACCAAGAUGAUGAUCUCCGGGAUCACACAGAGUUUGAACUCAGGCUUCUCUCAGAACCUGAAUGUGGGUUUAAGUCCUGCCCUCACGCCAGGCUCUGCCCUCUCCUCCAGCUUUACCCCUGCGAUGACGCCAGCACUGACCCCAGCCAUGACUCCAGGACUGACCCCGUCAUUGACCCCAGCCAUGACCCCAGGAUUGACCCCGGCACUGAUACCUGGCUUGCAGCCUGCCCUGAGGGUCGGCGGGUCCAUGGAGCCAGGGAUCCUCCAGCACAUGAAACACAUGCAAAUCCGCAAGCCAAUGCUCAAAGCUUCGUUAGUUGACCCCAGCUUGACUGAGGAAGAGGUCAAUAUGAAGUUUGUCCAGGACUUGCUUAACUGGGUGGAAGAGAUGCAGGUACAACUCGAUCAAGGCGAAUGGGGAUCUGAUCUACCGAGUGUUGAAUCUCAUUUAGAAAAUCACAGAAAUGUUCAUAAAGCCAUUGAAGACUUCCAGAUGAGCAUUAAGGAAGCAAAAAUGAGUGAGAUUCAGAUGACCCACCCACUGAAACAGAGUUACUCAGACAAGCUGGGCCUUUUAGAAAGCCAGUACGGGAGGCUACUUAACUCUACUAAAGAGAGACAGAGACACCUGGACAGCCUACAUAACUUUGUGUCACAUGCCACCCAAGAGUUAAUUUGGCUAAAUGAGAAAGAGGAAGAGGAGGUAGCCUUUGACUGGAGUGAGCGCAAUAGCAACAUCUGCAGGAAGAAGGACUACCAUGCUGACCUGAUGAGAGAGCUGGAUGAGAAGGAGGGGGUAAUCAAGUCAGUGCAGGACCAAGCUGACAUCCUUUUACAACAGAACCAUCCAGCUAGGCUUACUAUUGAGGCAUAUAAGGCUGCCAUGCAAACACAAUGGAGCUGGAUCCUGCAGCUGUGCUACUGUGUUGAGCAGCACCUGAAAGAGAAUGUUACUUACUUUGAGUUUUUCAAUGAUGCCAAAGAGUCUAUGGACUACCUUAAAAGCCUUCAAGAUUCAAUUACAAGGAAGUAUGGGUGUGACCGUACUAGCAGUCUGCAUAGACUGGAGGAUCUUAUUCAGGAGUCUAUGGAUGAAAAAGAGCAGCUUCUUCAGUACCGCAGCACUGUGGCUGGCUUGGUGGGACGUGCCAAGUCUGUUGUUCAACUCAAGCCCCGCAACCCAGAGAACCCUGUCCGAACUUCCCUACCUGUCAAGGCCAUCUGUGACUACCGUCAAAUUGAGAUUACUAUCUACAAAGAUGACGAGUGUGUGCUGGCAAAUAACUCGCACCGAGCUAAAUGGAAGGUGAUCAGCCCUUCAGGGAAUGAGGCUAUGGUGCCUUCUGUCUGCUUUACUGUGCCUCCACCCAAUAAGGAGGCAGCUGAGAUGGCCAGCAGGAUUGAGCAGCUGUAUCAGAAAGUUCUUGCACUGUGGCACCGCUCUCACGUGAACAUGAAGAGUGUGGUGUCCUGGCAUUACUUGAUGAUGGAUAUCCGCAACAUCCGCAAAAGCACUGUUGCCUCUAUUAAGACUAUGUUGCCCGGCGAGCACCAGCAGGUCCUGAGCAGCUUGCAGUCUCACUUCGAGGAGUUCCUGGAGGACAGCGAGGAAUCGGAGGUCUUCACGGUGGCAGACUGCACUCAGCUUGAGAGAGAGGUGCUGGCUUCAAAAGAGUUCUACGAGGAAUUGCUCAAGUCUGCAGAGAGAGAGGAACAUGAGGAAUCCGUGUACAACCUCUUCAUAUCUGAAGUGCGUAACUUUCGCAUGCGCGUGGAAGCCCAUGAGGAGCAACUGAUUCGGCAGAUCCGCUCCCCUCUUGAGCGAGAUGACCUGAAGGCCAUUAUGCAGCGCAUCAUUGAUCAGGAGAGGAAGAAGUCAGAGUUAGACCGGUUGAACGAGGAUCUUGAGGUGCUAAGGGAGAAGUGUGAGUCAUUCCUCAGACAGGCUGCUAACUCUCCUUCAGUGCCCACACUGUCUUCUGAGCUCAAUGUGCUCACUCAGAGCAUGGCUCAGGUCUACUCCAUGUGCUCCAUAUACUUGGAAAAGUUGAAGACAGUGAGUUUGGUGGUGAAACACAGCCAGGGUGCUGAGGCAUUGGUCAAGCUGUACGAAGGCAAACUAUGUGAGGAAGAUGCAGUCAAUGGUGACAUUAGGUCUAUCGAUGCAGUUAUGAGCACUCUCAAGCAAUGGAGAUCUGAGAUAGAUGACAGAAGAGACGUAUUCCAUGACCUGGAGGAUGAACUGCAGAAAGCUAGAGCCAUCAGUGACCGUAUGUUCAAAACCCAUAAUGAGAGGGACUUUGACCUUGACUGGCACAAGGAGAAAGCUGAGCAGCUUGGAGAAAGAUGGCGGAAUGUCCACUCUCAAAUUGAAAACAGACUUCGAGACCUGGAAGGCAUCAGCAAGUCUCUGAAAUACUAUAAGGAUGCAUACAGUAGCCUUGAUGAGUGGAGCAAAGAGAUGGAGGCCAAUCAGCUGAAAACCCAAGAGAACCAGCCAGAGGACAGCAAAGCUUUGGCUGAGUUACUAAACCAACAGAAGGUACUUGUUGCGGAAAUUGAACGUAAGCAGAGUAAGAUUGAGGAAUGUCAGAAGUACUCGGAGCAGUACUCAGCUGGAGUGAAAGAUUAUGAGCUUCAGUUGAUGACCUACAGAGCCAUGGUGGACUCUCAGCACAAGUCCCCAGUGAAGAGAAGGAGGAUGCAGAGCUCAUCAGAUACUAUCCAGCAGGAGUUCAUGGACCUCCGCACUCGCUACACAGCACUGGUCACUCUAAUGACGCAGUAUGUGAAAUUUGCAAGUGAAACUCUGAAAAGGGCAGAAGAAGACGAGAGGAGGACAUGUAUGGACAAAGCUGAAUAUAGGAGCUGGUUGGAUAGUAUGGAGAUACAGAAAGUGGCAAGUGAAGAGGAGAUCUCCAGGCUCAAGCGCCAGAAAUCUGUUGAAGAGGAGAGAAAAGAGCAAGCUGAUAAAGUUAGCAAGUUAUUAAACUGGAUGUCUGAUGUGAAAUCGAACGUGAACAAAAACGGAAAGGCUGUAAGUGAUGACAAAGGCAGCACAGAGAGCUCUAAUAAGCCUCAGAUUCCUAUGGAAGAGGUUUUGUCAAAGAAGGAACAAAUAACAGAAGCAUUAAGAAGUACACAGCAGAUAUUGUCCAAGCACAGUGACAAGAUGUCUGAGGAGGAAAAGUCUGAGGCAAAAGAACAGCUAAAACUCCUCCACCAAGCCUACAGUGAUCUCUCUCAGAUGAGUGUGAACCAGACACCCUCUGCUGAACAGGAGUUUGAAGUCAUCGAAGGCAUUCUCGAUGUGGGAAGAGGAGCAGUGCUGUCUGUAUGUCGUGCAGUGCAGAACGGUCUCAUUGACCACUGCACUGGGCUCAGUCUCCUUGAGGCCCAGCUCAUAACAUCUGAACUCAUCUUACCUGAAUUCCACAUGUGUCUAGACUUGGAGGAUGCAUUCAAGCACAGCCUCGUGGAUGAACCCAUGUAUAAGCAACUGCAAGACUUGAAUGAAGCCAAUAAAUGCAUUCAGAGUCCACGUUAUGCUUCUGAACCCUUGCCGACGGUAGCUGCAGUGAAGGAUGGGGCAAUUUCUGAACGUCUAGCUGUAAAGAUCAUUGAAAUCCAGCUAGCCACUGGUGGGUUAAGAGUGACAUGCACUGGAGAGUGUUUAAGUCUUGAGAGGGCAUUUGAAUUUGGCCUAAUUCCCCAGUCUCUCUAUAUUCAAAUAUUACAAAGACAGAAUACUUGGAAGGAUUUGAUUGAUCCUAAUACAGCUGAAAAAGUUUCUCUUAUUCAGCUUAUGCAGAGGAGCAUUGUGCAUGAGGAGACAGGGCUUCGUUUGCUGGCGGUGAAGUCUACAAAAGAUGGAAGCAUAGCAUUUACAUCUGGGAGAGAGGUCAGCAUUGUGAGAGCGAUGCAUGAGGGUCUGAUAGAUCGAGAGACCAUGCUCCGGCUGCUGAGUGCGCAGCUGUUUGCAGGAGGCAUAGUUGAUCCUAGAACAAACUGUAAGCUUACAGUAGAAGAGGCCGUAUCUGAGGGUCUUAUUGAUCAGGACACUGCCAGUGGAAUUCUGAGCCACCAAGCCCAAAAUGGUGGCAUUGUAAACCCUAAAAACGGGGCUAGACUGGCAGUCGAUGAAGCUGUUCAGUGUGAUUUAAUGAGUUCCAGAAGUGCUCUGUUAGUUCUGGAGAGACAGAAAUGUUUCAUGGGCCUCCUCUGGCCUCACUCUGGUGAAAUCCUCUCUGUCUCGAUGUCCGUACAGCAUGAAAUCAUCACUGAGAAACUGGCACAUGAGCUUCUGUGUAACAGACAUAAAAUAGCAGCAUUUUACAUACCAGAGAGCUCUGAGGUAGUUGAUAUUGACUCUGCUGCACAGAAUGGUUUCAUCAAUGCUUGCACAGUAGACUUUUUAAAAACGAUAGAGAUACCAGAUAUGUUCCCUGAUGUAGAUGAUCUCAAUGACAAAUUUUCAUCAUGGCUAGUAAUGCGUGAGCUUCAAAUUGAGGGAUCUCAAAAAUCCAGAGAAGGAUUGGAAGCUAAUGAAAAGAGUAUAAACGCCCCAUCUUCCUUGGAAGCCAAACAACUUUUUGUUUCAUUUUUAAUGAUGAACAGCUACAUGGACCCCAAAUCAGGACAGAGGCUUUUAAUUUUUGAUAGGCAAUUAAAUAAAAUGGCACAAGUACUGCUAGAAAUGUCAGAAACUGACACACAUGCUAAUAUCCAUGAUUCAUCUCUAGAUGAGGACUUUCCAGAUGAUGCACACAUCACACACACUGGUGAAUUGGCAGUUCUGCAUAUUGAUGAGCCUUUACAAAGAAUAGCAGAAGAGAGUAUUUCAGAGGUCUCUGCAGAGGGUGAUCAUUGUAUAAAAACUUCAACUAUUGAGUCUGACAGUCAUACCUCAGGGUCAGGUGAAAUAUUUAAUAUGUCACUGGAAAGUGCUCCAUAUAAAGCUUCAGCAUCUGAGAUUAAGACAAAUGAAAGUGCACCUGAGGAUCCAUUUACAGAUACAUGCACAGGAAUGCACAUUUCACAAAAAUUAAAUCCUGAAAUUGUCAAUCAAACAAAUUUGCUUUCAGAAGUAGAGAAGACUGUACCUUUGAAUCACAGAGAAAAUUCAGUUCUAGCAAAAGAUGAAGACCCCACACAGUGCUCUGUUCUAAGCAGUAAAAAAGCUACAAAUUUUGAUUUGCUCACUGAAUACUCACAUUGUGAAGGUGUGUAUGAUAACAAGCUUGAAAGAGACCAUGUGUUAUGCCUUCUGAGGGACCAAUUAAAAGAGGGGGGCAUUUUAGAUGCCACCUCUGGAAAGCGAUACAACCUUAAUGAUGCUUUUGAUAAGGGCCUCAUUGAUGAAGAGACUGUGUUAGACGUACUUGCACUGCAGUUUGGAAGGCGCAAUGUCAUAAGAAACAAAACCGUGACCAUGUCAGUACUGAAACAAGCUGUGUCACAAAGCUACAUAUCAUCUUACAUAGCUUUACAAAUCAUGCAGCAGCAAAAUUUACUUAGUGGUUUCUAUGACUCAACUGGAAAAAGCAUCAGUGCUAGGGAGGCUUGGGAGAUGGGUUUGAUUACUGAUGAUAUUGGCAGCUUUGUCCUUGAUUCAGAAGUAGCCCAGAAGGCCACCACUGAUCCUGAUGGAAAGUAUGUUUGCAGUGUGUCUAAGGCAAAGACAGUUUGUGAUAAGGAAGCAGAUAGUCAUGAGAUCCCUGCUGUGGACUUCAGUGAAAAAUGUCCAAGUACUGAAAAUACAGUGAAUAGGUCAGGAGAUGAAACUCAUCUAUCAACAAACUCGAAACAAAUGACCAGUAUUUUGGACUCGUCUUUUAGCUUAAAUACAGUUAGGAAUGAGGAGGUCAUUGCCGAGGAGAUUGGGGGAAUAUGUCCAAGUACUGAAAAUCUGUUAGCAACUUCAUCACAAAUGACCAGUGGAUUAGACUCAACCUUCCUGUUAAAGACACUUAGUGACGAUAAGAUCACUGCUCAGGAGAAAGACAGUAUUGAGAUCCCUGCUGUGGACUUAAGUGAAAAAUGUGCUAGUACUGAAAAUGCAGGCAAUCUAACAGAAGAAUUAACAAUUUCAAAUCGAAUGACCAGUAGUUUGGACUCAUCAUUCAUCUUAAAUACAGUUCGCUCUCAGGAUAUCACUGUUGAAGAGUUUGCUGAAAAUUCUCCAAGUACUGAAAAUGCAAUGAAAAGGCCAGAUGAAGUCACUAAUCUAUUAGCAACUUCAACACAAUUGACCAACACUUUGGACUCAUCCAAAGUCCAAAGUCAUCCAAAGUCCUUAAAGAUAGUUACUGAUGAGGAGAUUGUUGCUGAGGAGUUUGGUGAAAAAUGUCCAAGUACUGAGUAUGGAUUAAUAAGAACAGUUGAAAGCAAUGCUCUGUUAACAAAUUUAACACAAUUCACUGGUAGCUCAGCAUCUAGCUUGAAGACAGUUAUUGGUGAGGGGAUCACUGAUGAGGAGUUUGAUGAAAAGUGUCUGAAAACUGAAAAUGAGGUGAAGCAAACGGAGAAAGCCUCUAAUCUAUUAGCAACACAAUCAACGCAAAUGACCGAUAGCUUGGACACAUCAUAUGCCUUAGAGACAUUAAGUGAAAAGGACAUCACUGAUGGGGAUUUUAGUGAUAAAGGUCUAAAUACUGAAAUUGAGAUGCAAACACUGGAAGAAGACUACUAUCUGUCAGAAAACUCCAUACAAAGUAAGAGUAGUUUAGACACAUCAUUUACCUUUAAGGCAGUUAGUAAUGAGGAGAUCUUUCAUGAACUUGGAGGAAAAUGUCCAAGUACUGAAAAUUCAAUAAAAAGACCAGAAGACAAUCAUCUAUCAGCAAAUUCAAAACAAAUUACCAGGGGUUUAGACUCAUCCUUCCUGUUAAAGUCAGAUAGCGAUGCAGAGAAAGAGAGUUUUGAGAUGCCUGCUGUGGACUUAACUGAAAAAUUUCCAAGUACUAACAAAACAGGAAAUAGAACAGAAGAAGACACUCAUCUCUCAGCAAAUUCAAAACAAAUGAUCAGUAGUUUGGACUCGCUGUUUACCUUAAAUACAGUUAGUGAUGAGAUCGCUUCUGAAAAAUCUCCAAGUACUGAAAAUGCAAUGAAAAGGCCAGAUUAUGUCACUAGUCUAUUAUCAACUUCAACACAAUUGACCAGUACUUUGGGUCCGUCAGUCACCUUAAAGACAGUUCUUGACAAAAUCACUGCUGGAGAGUUUGGUGAAAAAUGUUUAAGUACUGAAAAUAAAGUGGAAAGAUCAGAGGACGACACUCCAUUAAUAAACACAACACGAUUGCCCAGUAGUUUGGACUCAUCAUUUUUGCAAAGAACAGUUAGUGCUGAUGUAACUGCUGAGGGGUUUGGUGAAAAAUAUAUGAGUACUGAAACUGAAAUGAAAAGAACAGAGCAAAACAAUCCUCUGUUAAUAAACUCGGCACAAACGACCAGUAGUCUGAACUCAGCAUUGUUACUGCCAAUUAGUGAUGAAAUUACUGGUGAAAAAUGUCCAUGUACUGAAAGUAGUUUGAACUCAUCAUUCACCUUAAAGAUUAGAAAUGAGAAUGCUGAAAAAUGUCCAAGUGCUGAAAAUACAAUGAAAAGCACAAAUGAAGACUCUGAAAUCUUAACAACUUCAACACAAAUAGCCAGUAGUUUGGACUCAGCUUUCACCUUAAAGACAGUUAGCGAUGAUGAGAUCACUGCCGAGAAACUUGGUAAAAAAUGUCAAAGUAUUGAAGAUGAGCUGAAAACCAACACAACACAGGAUAUAUACAGUUUGGACUCAUCAUUCGCCCUAAAGUCCGCUGAGAUCCCUGAUGAAAAAUGUCCUCCUCCAUUAAUGAGUGGCAGUUUAGAGUCCUCAUUCCCCUUAAAGACAGCUAGUAAGGAGAUCACUGAUGACACAAUUGGUGAAAAAAGUCCAAGUACUGAAAGUUCAUUGAGGACAACUCAGUUCACCUUAAAUACAGAGGAAGUCACUAAUGACAUGUUUGGUGAAAAAUGUCCAAGUGAAAAUGCAGUGAGGACAUCAGAUGAAGCAUCUUUAUCAAUACACUUAACGCAAAUGACCAGCAGUUUGGAUUCAUCUUUCACCUUCAUGGCAGAUUGUAAUGAGAUCCCUGCUGAGGACCUAAGCAAAAAACAUCCAAGUACUGAAGAUGCAGUGAACAGAACAGAGGAAGCCAGUCCUCUAUUAACGACUUCGGCACAAAUGAUCAGUAGUUUGGACUCCUCGUUCACUUUAAAGACAGUUAGUGAGGAAAUCACUGAAGAUGCGUUUGGCAAAAUAUGUCCAAGUACUGAAAAUGCAGUGAGGACAUCAGAUGAAGCUUCUUUAUCAACAAACUUAACACAAAUGACCAGCAGUUUGGAUUCAUCAUUCACCUACAUGGCAGACAGUGAUGAGAUCCCUGCUGAGGAUUUUAGUCAAAAAUGUCCAAGUACUGAAAAUGCGGUGAACAGAACAGAGGAAGCCACACCUCCGUUAAUGAAUUCAGCACAAAUAAGCAGUAGUUUGGACUCAUUCACUUUAAAGCCAUUUAGUGAUGAGAUCACUGAUGAGGAGUUUACUGAAAAAUGUCCAAGUACUGGAAAUGCAGUGAACAGAACAGAGGAAGCCAGUCCUCUAUUAAUGACUUCAACACAAAUGAUCAGUAGUGUGGACUCCUUGUUCACGUUAAAGACAGUUAGUGAGGAAAUCACUGAAGAUGCUUUUGGCAAAAUAUGUCCAAGUACUGAAAAUACAGUGAGGACAUCAGAUGAAGCUUCUUUAUCAACAAACUUAACACAAAUGACCAGCAGUUUGGAUUCAUCAUUCACCUACAUGGCAGAUAGUAAUGAGAUCCCUGCUGAGGAUUUCAGUCAAAAAUGUCCAAGUAUUGAAAAUGCGGUGAACAGAACAGAGGAAGCCACACCUCCGUUAAUGAAUUCAGCACAAAUAACCAGUAGUUUGGACUCAUUCACUUUAAAGCCAUUUAGUGAUGAGAUCUCUGAUGAGGAGUUUACUGAAAAAUGUCGAAGUACUGAAAAUGUAGUGAACAGGACAGAAAACGACACUCCUGUAAGCAGCUCAAUACAAAUGUCCAGUUGUUUAGACUCAACAUUUACCUUAAACACAGUCAGUGAGGAAAUCACUGACAAAUUGUUGUAUGACAAAUGUCUAAGUACUGAAACUGAAGUGAAAAGAACAAAGGAAACCAAUUUUCUAUCAGGAAAUACUGAAAAUUCAGUGAACAGGACAGAGGAAGCCACUCCUCUAUUAAACAGCUCAACCCAAAUGAUCAGUAGUUUGGACUCAAAUCCAGUUAGUGAGGCAAUCACUGAUAAGGAGCUGGGUGAAAAAUGUCCAUGUGCUGAUUUAGUGAAAAGAACAGACGUCACCACUCACGUAUUAACAGACACAACACAAAUGACUACUCUGAACUCCACAUUGCUCUUAAAGACAGUUAGUAAUAUUCCUUCAGCUACUGGUUUUGAUUCAGGAAAACAGGAUGAGGUUGAGCGAAUUGUCCAUGCCCAUGGUUUAGAGGAUGUUGACAAUUCAGAUUGUUUGGAUACCAAAAACAAUGGAGGUAGAAAUUGUACAGAGGUGGGGAAUGCUCCAGAAAAAGAGAAUUAUCAUAAUGAUGGAAUUUCUCAUAAUAUUGCCUUUAAUGCAUUAUGUCAAGCUCCUUUAGCCAGUGUUAGGGAUGUGGCUUUCAAUGAAGCAGCGGUAAACCAGAGGAGAAGUUCUGUUGAGAGUGACUCUGACACAUCCUGUUCAUUGCAAAGUGAUGUUUAUUCUGAUGAAAAGAAAUCAGAGAGCUUAGUGAAUAUACACAAACAGCACAGUGCUUUCAAUGAGCCACAGCAAACAGCAGGUACAUCCCCCACUGAAACAGGUUCAGAGAGCUUACCUGGUAUAGAAGAUAUCAAAACACUAGCAGAUAAUGAACCGUCUUUAUCUUCUUCUACAUUACUUCAGUUAUCAGACAUGAGAGCUGCAGGGAAAACAAUUAUGAGUCCCGAAUCAAAUGAAGAUGUGCAAGAUCAGGAAGACAGUGUAUUGUCUUGGUCAGUAGAUUGUUUUGUUCAAACAAACAUGAACGAGAAAGAUCUGAAUCAGUGUACAAUUAGCAAGAGUAGUGGGAUCGUGGCGGGACCUGAGCAUGAGUGCAAGUCAGGAACAGUUAAUGACCAUGCAGCAUUCAAAGCAGUAGAGACCCAAUCCAGUCAUAUUGGUGUCAGUAUUGACAGUAAGACAAUGAAUGAUUUUGACUUGGUCAGUGUCAACACCUCAGAGUCUAUAGACAUGUCACAGCUUUGCUGUGGAGACACUCCCAAAACAAGUCCCACCUUGAAGUUCCUGCCAGAUGUAACUCUCAGUGAUGACUCAAUUAAUAAGCAGCACUUAGCUGAGCAAGUACCUGAUACAGCAACUGACUCCAGUCUGCCUACUUCAGGCUUUGUCAUAUCCGAGAAAAACAGAUAUGAUACAGGAACCAUAAAGAACAAAACUGCCGUCACUCCAGCGCACAUUGUGGGAGAACAGUCUUCAAAAUCUGUUACACUGAAGUCCACUAUUCCAACAAAUUCAUCACACAAAGACUUGCUUAAUGUUCAUACUCCCCAACACUCCAACAAUAAUGGAGAUAAGCUAUGUGCAAAUUCUUCAGUGACAGAGAGUGAAUUUCCACCAACUUAUUUAAAUGAACUGGAAAAAACUGCAGUGAAAGGAGCUGUAAAUGAGAUCCAGAGCAAGGAAAGGCAAGCCCUUGACAACAAUGAGAGCAUCUCACCCACUGCUGCAACUCAACAUGACACAAAUGUCAUUCAGGUCCUUGUAGAGAGCAAAGAUCCAGGUCUGCUCAAGGAUUUGAGCGAGCAUAAGGGAGUUCUUCCAGGGUGUGUAAAUCAAGAGAAGUUUUCAUCUGAUGUUACUGGUUAUGCUCAGGAAACAAGUAGUCCAGUGCUAAUGCAGUCACAGCUUCAAGAGAUGAUUAAGGAGAUGUCUGCUGACAAAGAACCAGAAAUGUCCAAAGAAAUUUUAGGUCUGCCGAGAACCACUGCUCAGGGAGAUGAAGGCUCAUGUAUGGAAAGUAUUGAAAUUCAGCCCAAAGCUGCUGCCAGUGAUAGUUGCGACAAUGAUGUCUUUCAAUCAGCUUUGUCCAGUCAGCAGUGCUCUAAGGCAAACAUUUCAAUCAUUGAGGAAGGAGAGGAGGUCACAGUUAGACCCAGAAAAUGUUCCACCCAGGAUUAUUUGGAAUGUGUUGGUAAACUCCAGGAUCACUAUGACACACUUGAAGACAUCAGGAAUGAUUUUUUGACCCAAGGUCCUUUAGCAACUCACAUUGAAGGUUUACAAGACCAACUGGAAGCAGCUCAGUCUUUGGAAGCACAGCUUGCUACAUUUCCUGACAUUUUAACCUCAGAUUUGGAGGUAGCUGAGCAGCUUUUAAAAUCUGCUGAUGAACUCAUCCCCACACAAGUCCAACACGAUUUAGCUACAGUUUUUGUAGAUUUGCAAGCUGCUUUCACAGAUGUUUGCCAUUUAUCAUCUGAGAGACGUAACGCAAUUCUCCAGGCCAUUGAUGCAGCCAAGGCAAAUUUGGAGUGUACAUAUCAAGACCUUCUCAGUUCCCUUGAAAAGCUGUCAUCUUGUAUUCAAGAUAAUUGUGAGAUGGUAUGUAAGCUUGACAUCAUGAACACGGAUGACUUGGAGACAGUUAAAUAUAGGAUUCAACAAAAUAAGGACCUGGAGAAAAACCUAUCUGGCACUCGACAGAAUCUAGAAGAUACAGCUUUUGAUGUCCAGAACUUCAUAUCUGAGAAUGCACAGUUCCUAAACCCAGCCCAGAACAGACAGAUGCUGAAAUCGCUCAGUGCCACACAGAGAGCCUUUAAGGAACUGAUGGACCGAGUGUUUACUCAGAGGCAAACAUUGGACCUCCAUUUGGUGAUCUGUGAGGAUGAGAUUCAGCAGAAGAAUGCUGUUGAGAGGCAGAAGGAGUUCGUAGCCAAGCUUCAGGAGCUGUAUGAUGACCUAACACAGACUGAGAACCGUCUCAUUGGACACCAGCAGCAAUCCAACAGUGCAAAGAGUGUGGGAGACCUCCAGCAGUACCAACAAGAGAACCAGGCUUUGCAGAAAGACAUCCAAGCUAAUGUAAGUGCCUUGAAUGAAGUCAUCAGUAGCACUAAGAAGUUCCUGGAGGAGAACCGGAGCAAACUGACACCCGAACAGGUGGCUGCUAUUGAGCUCAAGUUGGAAGAGGUGAAGAGCAAAGCCAAUAUGCUUAACCAGAGAGCAGAGGAAACCAGGAAAGAACUGGAGAAAGUUGUGACAACUGUUAUCAGACAGGAGACAGAAAAGGUUGCAGCUGUGGAACAACUUGAAGAGACCAAAAAUAAAAUAGAGGUUCUCUUAGACUGGGUAUCCAAUAUAGGGAAAGAAAAAGAGAUGGAAGGAACGGCCAAAGAGAAUGGAAACAUGCCAGCAGAAGGAAAAAUAACAGAAAAGGAAGGUGACCCUAAUGGAAAUGCACUGGACACCACAGAUAAUACCUCACAGUGGUCAGGUGAAGACACUAAAGAAUUGGAUAUAGAUCAGCAAUAUGAGAGGCUUAAGGCUCACCACCAAGAGAUCCUCUCCCAGCAGCAAGACCUAAUCAUUGCCACCCAGUCUGCCCAGGCUCUGCUGGACAAGCAGGCAGACGUUCUCUCUCCAACUGAAAAAGAGAAGCUCCAGAAGGACAUCCAGGAGCUGAGGGGGCGCUAUGAGGCCUCACUCACCCAGGCUGAGCAGCAGAUGAAGCAGAUGCAGUGUGUUCAGGAGGAGUUGCGCAAGUUCCAAGGUGAUUACGCGGAGUUUGGAGUGUGGCUGCAGCAGGCACAGGAGCAGCUGGCAGAGCUGGGAACCCCCACUGGCCACUUAGAUGUUCUGCAGGAGAAGCUUCAGAAGCAGAAAAGCUUCUACGAGGAUGUGAUCUCCCACAAGGGAGACUUGCGUUUCAUCACCAUCUCAGGCCAGAAGGUGCUGGAUGUGGCCAAGUCCUGCAGCCGUAGUGAGUGUAAGGAGAAACAGGGAUUGCUUGAGGUGGACACUUCAGGAACGUGUGCUGCUGUGAAGGAGAAGCUGGAUUCCACCGCUACUCAGUACAAAGUCAUGCACACCCAAUGCAACCAGCUUGGAAACAAUCUCAAAGAUAUCAUUGACAAGUACAAGAAGUAUGAAGAUGCUACUAGUGGCCUAUUGACAUGGCUCAGUAGUUCUGAGGCAGAGGCAAGAAGGCAACAGUCUGAACCUAUUGCUGCAGACCCCCAAACACUCCAGAGACAACUGGAAGAGACCAAGGCUCUUCAAGGGCAGACAACUGGCCAUCAGGUGGCUAUGGAGACACUACGCAAAACAGUAGAUGCUCUUAUCACAGCAGAGGGAGACCUGCUAAACAACAAGGAUGAGAUUCAGGAAGCAGCUGAUGACAUUGUGGAAAGGUACGAUAACUUGUCCAAGUCAGUGAGUGACCGGAAUGAGAAGCUGCAGGUGACAUUAACACGCUCACUCAGUGUGCAGGAUGGUCUGGAUGAGAUGAUGAACUGGAUGAAGAAGGUGGAGGAAAAUGUUGGGGAGGAAUCACAAGUGCCCCUAGACUCAGCUGCUAUUGCAGAUGCACUCAGCAAGGAGGCAGCUCUGGAGCAGGACAUGUCCAGCAGGCAGAGCAGUAUCUCCACUAUGAAGGCCAAAGUGAAGAAGUUUGUAGAGACUGCAGAGCCAGCAGCAGCAGCUGCUCUCCAGGCAAAGAUGGAAGGACUGACACAACGCUUUGAAACUGCCUGUGAGAAGCACAAGCAGAAGAUUUCACAGAUGGAGCAGUUGAAGGACAAGGUGGAACAGUUUGAGAAGACAUCUGAGAAGGUCCAGGAGUUUGUGCUGAAACAUUCACAUGCUCUCUGUGAGACCGAUGGACCUGGGAAAAAUGUAAAUGAGCUCUCCCAGCUGGUGCAGGAUAUAAAUGCAGAGUUGGCUGAACAUGCACAGGACAUGGAAACACUGCACUUGUUGUCAAAGGAGCUUGCUAACUCUGGCCCAGAGGGAAGCACAGCUCUAAUUCAGGGCAAGCUGGCAAACCUGUCUAACACGUUUAAUACCUUUAAGGACACUGUUAAAGAGAAAGAGGAGGAGGUGUUGUCCUGCCAGGACCAGCUGGGUGAGUUCAAAGCAGCCACAGGGGUGCUGAUGAAGUGGCUGGAGGAAACAAAAGAGCAAGUGCCUGUGGUUCAGCCCAACUGCAGUGAACAGGGCCUGGGAAAUGACGUGAAGAAAGUCACUGGCUUGCUAGAAGAAUGGACUGCUAAAGCUCCUGCUGUCCAAGAUAUAAAUAGCAAAGGGUCUGCACUGUGUACCCUAAUCAGUGUUUUGACAUCACCAGCCAAAGCCAGAAUGCAUCAUAAAUCAGGUUCAGCAGUCAGUAAUGGCUCAGGUACAGGAGGUCCAUAUCUGACAAACAAAGAGCUGAUGCUGGUGCAGCAGAACAUGUCCUCUGUCAAUGAGGAUUAUAGCAGCCUUGGGGAGCUGCUGAAGACCAGGUCCUCAGAGCUAAGUGCUCUGUUGCUAAAGGUCCAAGGGGUCCAGCAUGAGGCUCAGUCAACGCUGCAGUGGCUGGAGAACAUGAAGAAGACAGCAGUAUCAUGGAAUUCUGAGCCAGCAGGCAAAGACUCAAUGAAAAUGCAAAUCGAACGGCAGAAAGCUUAUGAGGAAAAUAUCCACCAAAAACAGCAGCAGUACCAAGAACUGAGGGAGAAGCUACUUCACCUGAUAGAGGAAAGCCCUGAUUCACCUGAGGCAGAAAAAUGGAAGAACAUGCUGAAACAGAUGGAUGCAGGAUGGGAGGAGGUCAGGGGAUCUGUAGAGAACAGGAAGCAGCAUCUGGAGGAGUCAUCCCGCAUGCUGGAGCUCUUCCAGACAAACCAACCACAGCUCUCACAGUGGCUUCAAGAGAAAGAUCUGAUGAUGAGUGUGCUAGGCCCUCUAUCUAUGGACCCCAAUAUGCUCAACACGCAAAAGCAGCAAGUCCAGAUUCUUCUGAAAGAGUUUGAAGGUCGCAAACCUCAGUAUGAGCAACUGAAUGAAGCUGCCAUGGUUAUCAGUACUGCAUCAGGAAAUCAGGACCCUACUGUAGAGAAGGUAAAGAAACAGCUGGAUGUUAUCACCCAGAAGUGGCUGGGCCUGACAAGCCAGCUGUCUGACCGCGAUGCCCUCAUUGAGCAAGCUGUGGGUAAGACUACUCGGUUCCAGGAGCUCCUACGGCACCUAGGUGAGAGUUCAGCAGACCUGGAGUUUCAGCUGAAUGGCCAGCAGACCCUCAGCACACAGCCUGAUGCUGUCAAGAAGCAGCUAGAAGCCACUAAUGCUGUCCUGGCUAAGCUGUGUGAAGAGAAGAAGAGGCUAAAGGAGGCAGAAAGUCUCUGCUCUGAACUUUCAGCUCUAGUGACUGAGGAGUAUCUCAGAGCCAAUCUCGCAUCACAGCUGGAAAGUGUUUCCAAACCCUUUAAGAUGCUUGAAGACAAAGCAGGAAAGCGGAUUCAGCAUCUCACCUCAACCUUUGCCAGCUCCCAAGAAUUUCAUCGGACAUCUAAAGACUUCCAGAGCUGGCUAGAGCAAACACUCAAAGAGCAGACUGGGCCCCAGUCAGUCUCAACCAAGGAGGAGACUCUGUUGCAAAGACUAAGGGAGCACAGUAUUAUCCAGAAUGCACUGAGUCAACAAGAGGAACCAUACACGAACAUUAUGCGGGAAGCAGAGGCUCUCCUACAGAACACGGAGGGAGAGGAGAAGUUGGCCCUUCAAGGACAGCUCUCAGUGCUCAGGUCCAACUGGGAGAAAGUAAAGCAGGGUGCCAUGGAGAGGGCAGAGAAGCUUAAUAUUGCUAUGGAGAGGGCCAGAAAAUACAAAGAGCAUGCAGAGAGCUUGGGCACUUGGCUGCAGGAGUGUGAAGACAGGAAAAACAAGGCAAAUUUCAGUGUGAAUCCUGUAGAAGUUGAGAAUUCCCUCUCACAGGUAAAGGCCAUCCAGAAGGAUGUGGACAAACAUCGCGGUCAGGUGGAGCUGCUGAAUGUUGCUGCUGACAGCCUUCUAGAAGUGGCCACAGCAGAUGUAGAUGAUGUGAAGGAAGAGAUUAUUGUUAUUGGGAAGAAUGUGGAUAAGUUGACAGAAGGGUUGCAGCUCAAGAAAGAAUCUCUCGAGAAGCUCUCGCAGAAGUUGAAAGAGUUCAGUGACACACAUAAAGUCCUCUCAGACCAAAUUGAGGGUGCCAGAAAGCAACUAGAAUAUCAAUCUGGUCUUGGUGUCCAAGGUUAUAGUAACAAGAACCUAACUAACAUUAAGGCUCAGCAGAAAAAUUUAGAGGGUGUCCAGAACCAGAUAGAGAACCUUAAAAGCCUAGCUCAAAGUUUGGUUGUGGAUGUACCAGAAGUUGAAGGAGUGAUAGAUCUCCUCCUUCAGGCAGACACUUUGGAGAAAGAGCACAGCUCAAUCAGUAAAGCAAUUGAAGACAAGUGCUCCACACUGGAGAACAAACUGCAGGGCAUUGGACAGUUCCAGGACAGCAUUCGGGAGAUGUUCACCACCUUUGCAGACCUGGACGAUGAAUUAGAUAGUAUGGGCCCAGUAGCCAGAGACCUGAAAACUCUACAAGAUCAACAAGGAACCAUCCAAAACUUUGUGACAAAACUCCAGGAUCUGAUGACCAACACAGCCAGUGCCAGAGAUAACUGCAAGAAGAUGCUUGAGUCAGAGGCCUCACCAGAUCUACUGGGCCUGAAGAGAGACUUAGAGGCCCUGAGCAAGCAGAGUGGCAAACUGAUGGAUCGGGCCAUUGGGAGGAAAGAGCAGGUUGAGGAUAUGCUGAAACAUCUGGAGGAGUUUUACUACAAGCUGGACACUUUCACAAAGAAAAUAGCUGGUGCAGAAGAGCAGGAGGAAUCCCAAGGACCAGUUGGCAUGGAGACAGAGGUCAUUAACCAACAGCUGGAGUUUUUCAAGGUUUUCCAGAAGGAGACGAUUGAGUCACUGCAAACACAAUUGCAAGAGGUGAACUGGUUAGGCCAGGGGCUUAUUCAGAAUGCUUCCAAAGGGACCAGCACCAAAGCCCUUGAACAUGACUUGGAGGACAUCAAUAUGAGAUGGAACACCCUGAACAAAAAGGUAGCAGAACGUUCGGCGCAGCUUCAUGAAGCUUUGCUACACUGUGGAAGGUUUCAGGAUGCUCUCGAGUCCCUGUUCAGCUGGCUUAAAGACACAGAAGAACUGGUGGCCAGUCAGAAGCCUCCAUCAGCAGAGUUUAAAGUUGUCAGAGCGCAAAUACAAGAACAGAGGCUCUUACAGAAGCUGCUAGAUGACCGCAGACCCACAGUGGAGCUUAUUAAGAAGGAAGGGGGGAAAGUGUUAGAGAUGGCUGACUCUGUGGAUAAAGAGAAGAUUGGAAAGGAGAUUGAUAGCCUGGGGAAGAGAUGGGAUGCUCUGCUAAAGAAAGCAGAGAGCAGACGCAAACAACUGGAGAGCAUUUCGGGGGUGGCCCAACAGUUCCAUGAGACACUAGAGCCACUAACAGAGUGGCUAACUGCUACAGAGAAAUGCCUGGCCAGUUCCGAGCCCAUCGGCACCCAGACCACUAAGCUUGAAGAGCAGAUCUCCCAACAUAAGGCUUUAGAGGAGGAGAUUAUAGGGCGCAGUAAGAGCUUGUACCAGGCAAUGAGUCUUGGCCAGGCUCUGCGGUCACUCACCUGUGUGGAUGAUAAAGAGCUGGUCCAGGCUAAACUGGACAGCACUCAGGGCAGCUACAUCGAGUUGCAGGAACGCUGCCGCACAAAGGCCGAGCUGCUGCAGCGGGCCCUGGCUAACGCACGGCUGUUUGGAGAGAACGAAGUAGCACUCAUGAACUGGCUGGACGAAAUACACGGCAGACUGAGCCACAUCUCUGUCCAGGACUAUACACCGGCCGUACUGGCAAAACAGCACGCUGACCAGCUGGCACUUCAUGAGGAUAUUGAGGUAAGGAGACAGCAUGUUGAACAGGCCCUGCAGAAUGGACUUGAGCUGCUCAAACAGACCACAGGCGAUGAAGUCAUCAUCAUUCAGGGCAAACUGGAUGGAAUAAAGACAAGAUAUGCUGACAUAAGCACAAUGAGCAAUGAUGUAAUGAAGACCCUGGACAAGGCCCUGUCUCUGGCCAACAAAGUACAACACACUCAUGAGGAGCUGCGCUUCUGGUUGGAAAAAGUGGAGUCUGAAUUGGCCACAUUUGGAGCUCAGGAACCAGUGGGCGAGCAACUUACUCAGGUGCAAGAGAGGCAGAAAGCGUUAAUGAAGGAGGUUCAAGAGCACAAGUCAGUAGUAGAUAAGCUGAAUGAAGUUAGUAGCGCUCUGCUAGAGCUGGUGCCAUGGCGUGCCCGAGAGGGGCUUGACAAACUGAUCACAGAGGACAACGAGCGCUACAAGUCAGCUACUGAUGCCAUCUCUCAGCAUAUGGACCAGACAGGAGCUGCCAUCUUAAAAUCACAGCAGUUUGAGCAGGCUGCAGACACUGAAUUAGCCUGGCUGACUGAAGCAGAGAAGAAGUUAUCAUCUCUAGGGGACAUUAAGCUGGAGGCAGAACAGACCACAGCUCAGCUGCAGGUUCAAAAGGGCUUCUCCAUGGACAUUAUGAGGCAUAAAGAUGCCGUGGAUGACAUCACUAAGACAGGCGAGACGAUAAUGAAAAGCAAAGAUGAGACUGAGAAACAGGCUCUAAAGGCUAAGAUUCAGGCUCUCAUGGAGAAGUACAACACGGUGAGUCAGUUGAACUCAGAGCGCUGUCUGCAGCUGGAGAGAGCACACUCCCUGGCCUGCCAGUUCUGGGAGACCUAUGAGGAGCUUUGGCCAUGGCUGCAGGAGACCCAGGCCAACUUCACUCAGUUCCCUUCACCUGCCAUCGAGUAUGACACUCUGAGACAGCAACAAGAGGAACUGCGGCAACUGAGGGAGCUGAUUGCAGAGCAUAAGCCGCACAUAGACAAGAUGAAUAAAACAGGCCCUCAGCUGGUGGAGAUCAGUCCACUGGAGGGUGAGCCCAUCAGAGAGAAAUUCCAGGCCACAGACAAGUUGUAUGCACAGCUUAAAGCAGAUGUUAAGCAGAGAGCUGCUGCCCUGGAUGAGGCCAUCUCUCAGUCUACUCAGUUCCACGAUAAGAUCGACCCCAUGCUGGAGUCUCUGAAUCGUAUAGCGGACCGUUUGCGUCAGCCCCCUUCCAUCUCUGUGGAAGUGGAAAAGAUUCGUGAGCAGAUUUCUGAGAACAAAGCUGUUAAUGUGGACUUGGAGAAACUGCAACCAUCUUAUGAAACUCUGAAGCAGCGAGGAGAGAACAUGAUCACUCGCUCAGAGGGUGCAGACAAAGACCUGUCAGCCAAAGCUGUACAAGACAAACUGGAUCAGAUGGUAUUUGUGUGGAAUGAUAUCCAUGCUCUGCUGGAGGAGAGGGAGGCUAAACUUCUCGAUGUGAUGGACCUGGCUGAGAAGUUCUGGUGUGACCACUGUGCUCUCAUCAUCACCAUCAAAGACACACAGGACUUGCUGAAAGACCUGGAGGAACCUGGAGUCGACCCCUCAGUUGUUAAACAGCAGCAGGAGUCUGUGGAGGGGUACCGAGAGGAGAUUGACGGUCUUCAGGAGGAACUGAAUGUGGUCCAGAAUCUAGGGGCAGAGCUGAUGACAGCCUGUGGAGAACCAGAUAAGCCUGUAAUCAAGAAGAGCAUUGACGAGGUGAACAUGGCAUGGGAGACUCUGAAUAAGACAUGGAAGGAGCGAGUGGACAGACUGGAGGAGGCUAUGCAGGCUGCUGUACAAUUCCAGGAUGGUCUUCAGGGCAUGUUUGACUGGGUGGAUAUUUUGGAGAGUAAACUGGAUUCCAUGUCACCUGUGGGCACAGACCUGGAAACUGUCAAACAGCAGAUUGAAGAGCUCAAGGAGUUCAAAAGUGAGGCAUACCAGCUUCAGAUUGAGAUGGAGAGGCUGAAUCACCAGGCAGGACUGCUACUGAAAAAAGUACAGGAGGAAGCAGACCGCAUUGCCAUUCAGGAGCCUAUGAACGAACUCAAAAUGCUUUGGGACAACCUAGAUGACAAGGUCAUCAACAGACAGCACAAGCUAGAGGGAGCCUUGUUGGCAUUAGGGCAGUUCCAGCAUGCUCUGGAUGAGCUUUUGGCCUGGCUGACUCAUACUGAAGAGCUGCUUAGUGGACAGAAGAAAACCAGCGGUGAUCCCAAAGCUAUUGAGAUAGAACUAGCCAAACACCAUGUGCUGCAUAAUGAUGUACUGGCCCAUAAGACCACAGUGGAGGCAGUUAACAAAGCCGGCAGAGAUUUGAUGGAGUCCAGUGCAGGAGAGGAAGCAUGUGGCCUGCAGAGCAAGCUAGAAAACCUUAACCAACGUUGGACAAGCAUCCUGGAGAAGACUGAGCAGAGGAGGCAGCUUUUGGACAGCGCCUUACUCCAGGCCCAAGGUUUCCAUGGGGAGAUUGAAGAUAUGCAACAAUGGCUGAAAGACACAGAAUGUCAGCUGUUAGCAUCAAAAGCAGUUGGAGGCCUACCAGACACAGCCCGCGAGCAGCUUAACACCCAUCUGGAGUUAUGUAGUGCAAUGGAGGUGAAGGAGGAACUGUACCAGAAGCUUCUUCACAGAGGUCAGCAGCUGAUAGCCAUGACCCCAGAGAACCAGGACAGCAGUACUGAGCAGGACCUCCACAACCUUCAAGAAAAGUGGGAAUGUGUGCAGGCCAAAGUGGCUGAGAGGAAGGUGAAACUGGAAGAGGCAUUAGCGCUGGCCACAGAUUUUCAUAAUUCUCUGCAGGACUUCAUUAACUGGCUGACUCAAGCAGAGCAGACCCUCAACAUGAUCUCUCCAGCCUCCCUCAUCCUGGAAACAAUCUUGUUCCAGAUUGAUGAACAUAAGAUCUUUGCAACUGAGGUCAACUCACACCGGGAUCAGAUCAUUGAGCUGGAUAAGACAGGCACCCAUCUGAAAUACUUCAGCCAGAAGCAGGAUGUGGUCCUGAUUAAAAACCUGCUCCUAAGUGUGCAAAGCCGCUGGGACAAAGUAGUGCAGCGUUCGGUGGAGCGAGGACGCCUGCUGGAUGAUGCGAGGAAACGUGCAAAGCAGUUUCAUGAAAGCUGGACCAAGCUCAUGGAGUGGCUGGAGGAGUCAGAGAGAGCUCUGGACUCAGAGCUGGAGAUCGCUAAUGACCCCGACAAGAUCAAAAUGCAGCUGUCUCAGCACAAGGAGUUCCAGAAGGCCCUGGGUGCCAAGCAUUCUGUGUACGACACCACCAGCCGCACAGGCCGAGCCUUGAAGGACAAGACCUCACUCCAGGAUGACAACCAGAAACUGGACAACAUGCUCUGCGAGCUCAGAGACAAGUGGGACACGGUUUGUGGCAAGUCCGUAGAAAGGCAGAACAAGCUGGAGGAGGCUCUGCUGUUCUCAGGCCAGUUCACUGACGCUCUGCAGGCUCUGAUUGACUGGCUUUAUAAAGUAGAGCCACAGCUGGCAGAGGACCAGCCUGUACAUGGAGACAUUGAUUUGGUACUCAACCUCAUUGACAGCCACAAGGUGUUUCAGAAGGAACUUGGAAAGAGGACAGGCUCUGUACAGGCUCUGAAACGUUCAGCCCGUGAGCUGAUCGAGAACAGACAUGAUGACUCUUCCUGGGUCAAAGUUCAGAUGCAGGAGCUGAGUUUGCGCUGGGAGACGGUGUGCGCCCUCUCUGUGUUCAAACAGACACGGCUGGAACAAGCUCUGUGUCAGGCAGAGGAGUUUCAUUCGACUGUUCAUAUCCUGCUGGAGUGGUUGGCUGAAGCAGAACAGAGCCUCCGUUUCCAUGGGUCUCUGCCUGAGGAUGAGGAAACCCUGCGUGGCCUGAUUGAACAGCACAAAGAAUUCAUGAAGAAGCUGGAAGAAAAGAGUGUAGCUCUGGGCAAAGCCAUCAGCAUGGGUGAAGCCAUCUUAGCUAUCUGCCAUCCAGACUCUAUCACCACUGUGAAACACUGGAACACCAUAAUUAAAGCCCGCUUUGAGGAGGUCACAGCGUGGGCACGGCAGCAUCAGCAGAGGUUAUCUAGUGCUCUGAGUGAGCUUAUGGCCACUCAGGAACUCCUGGAGAAUCUGCUGAGCUGGUUACAGUGGGCAGAGACCACACUCACUGAGAAAGACAAGGAGGUCCUGCCUCAGGAGAUUGAGGAGAUCAAAGCUCUCAUCACUGAGCAUCAGACCUUCAUGGAGGAGAUGACCAGAAAACAACCAGAUGUGGACAAAGUCACUAAAACUCAUAAAAGGAAAGCCACAGCUGACCCACCAGUUCAGUCUCAGAUUCCAGUACUGGAAAAAGGAAGAACAGGCCGAAAGAGAUCCCAGGCCCAGUCCAUGUAUCCAGCGACAGUCCAGGCUCCAAUAGAGACUAAGAACCCAAGAGUGAACCUGUUGGUCAGUAAAUGGCAGCAGGUCUGGCUUUUGGCCCUGGACAGGAGAAGAAAACUGAAUGAUGCACUGGACCGAUUAGAGGAGCUGAAAGAAUUCGCCAACUUUGACUUUGAUGUCUGGAGGAAGCGCUACAUGCGAUGGAUGAACCACAAGAAAUCACGGGUCAUGGACUUCUUUCGUCGCAUGGAUAAGGAUCAGGAUGGCAAAGUCACCAGGCAGGAGUUUAUUGACGGGAUUCUUUCUUCAAAGUUUCCCACCAGUCGACUGGAGAUGAGUGCUGUAGCAGACAUUUUUGAUCGUGAUGGUGACGGCUACAUUGACUACUAUGAGUUUGUUGCUGCUCUGCAUCCAAACAAAGACGCCUACAAACCACUUACUGAUGCUGAUAAGAUAGAAGAUGAGGUAACACGCCAGGUGGCAAAGUGCAAGUGUCCUAAACGGUUCCAAGUGGAGCAAAUUGGUGCGAACAAAUACCGGUUCUACCUUGGAAACCAGUUUGGUCUGGUUCACUGCUUACAUGAUCCGUUAAUCGCCGAUGAGAGUAUAACAAACAGGGACAAUCAAAAUCUAAACUCCCAACUGCACGUUGCUGUUUUGGAAAGCUGUAUCCUGUUUGGAGACUCGCAGCAGCUCAGGCUGGUGCGGAUCCUGCGCAGCACUGUUAUGGUGCGGGUGGGAGGAGGCUGGAUGGCCCUCGAUGAGUUCCUAGUCAAGAACGACCCGUGUAGAGUUCAUCACCACGGGAGUAAAAUGUUGCGCUCGGAAUCAAACUCGUCCAUUACUCAGUCUCCUAUAGGUUGGCAACUCUCACACUUUCUCUCCUUGCUCCAUCCCAGUGCUAAAGGUAGGACCAACGUGGAGUUGCGAGAGAAGUUCAUACUUCCGGAAGGGACCACUCAAGUGAUGGCCAGCUUUCGCUACAGAGGUCGAAGGUCACGGCCAUCCUCAAGGGGUGCCUCCCCGAACAGAUCGAACUCCAGCCACAGUUGUCCUGCACAGCCCAAUCCUGCUGCGACUGGUACACCAAAGACUCUCCAACAUUUAACCCGCAAUUAUGAUAAACCCUGGCUGACAAACAGCAAAUCAGCUACUCCCUUAAAGACAUCCGACUCUUUUGAGAGCCAGGGGUCAUCCAAUGAGAGUACACCCAUUCAAGGCAGCAAGCUCCGGUUGCCUGGCUAUUUGUCAGGAAAAGGUUUCCAGUCUGGAGAGGAGGGAACCCUGAUAAACGCUGCUAUUCUGAAAGCUAGAAGUCAGGCUGCUGGACACAGUAGGAUUCCCAGCAGGCCUGGCAGUAAGGCAGGGAGCCGUGGAAGCAGCCGGCGAGGGAGCGACGCCUCUGACUUUGACAUCUCCGAUAUCCAGUCCAUCUGCUCUGACGUGUCGGAGACGGUGAUGGACUCUGCAAGGCCACGCUCUUCGCCCCGCCAGCCUGGAGUUAAACCCUCCAAAAUCCCUACACCGCAGAGGAGAAGCACGGCCAGCAGCAAACUGGCCAAAACCACGACCAAGAGAUAGUCAGCAGCUGGCUUCUAUCUUUACAGCACUGUGCUGGAACACACUGGACAAAAACUGGACUCCCGAAGACACUAAAAACUGCAAAAUGUCCUUAUUUAAAAUGAACAAGUAGCAAGUUGUAAAUUAUGAAAAAAAAAAAAAAAAAAAGUGUAGCAAGUUGUAAAUUAUUCCAAGGAGAAACGAGGUGAAGUAAGUGGGAUUGAUGCUGUGUGAGUGGAACAUGACAGUUUUGUGUAUUUGUUGUGUAUUUUUAAUUUCUGUGAAUAAUGUCGCAUCAGAUUUUAUUUUAUUGUAUCGCUGCUACAACAGGAGAGGUUAGCAAGCACUGGCAGGAGAAGACGACUGUACAUUGUGAAGCUAAAUAAUUUUCCACAUUCUUGGACUGAGCUCACGUUGAAAGCUGAAUGUACUGUAAAUCUCCACAAGCUUGCAAAUAAUAUUAUGCCACUGCGUUUCACAAGGGCACCCUGACUAUUUAUUCAUCUAUUUAAAGUGCAAUGAUGUGUUGCUGAGAAUGCAUUUUAAAGGGCAAUACAAUACUAACUAAUUGUAAUCACUGCAAGUGCUCCUCCUAAAACACUACAUGGCCUUCAAAACAAAAAAAGGCUGUCCAUCAUAUCCACCUGCUGCAUAAUGUUUUAAGUUCCUAAUCCUAUCAUUGUGUGCCAUUUAACCUUGACAGGAACCUUCCACGGUUCUAACUAGCAGAUAUUCAUAAGUGCAUUCAUGUCUGUGUACUGUAUGACUCGGUGUCAGUGGAUUACUCACAUUUUUGUAAUAAACCUGCUUGCAGAAAGCUAUGGCAGUAUUCGAAAAUGCAAA